AUCAACUCAGGUUCUGGUAUGUGAGUGUUUUGUGUAUAUGGCUAUCUCUUCUAAAUACAUAUGAUUACUUAGGCUGACUUGAAACCUGCACAUUAGCUCUUCUGUAUAUUGCAUGUAUUAAAUGUAGGUUUUCUUCAAUAAUAUUGAUUCCAACAGAAAUGGGAGAAAUAUCAUAGUGUGUGAUAUUCCUGACAGGUUAGCACCACGUACAUGAAAUCUCAGUAAUUUUGCAAGUUAGCUAAUGGUUCUUUCAUAAUGACUUUGAGACAAUGCAAAAGCAGAUAAUAGCUUUCAGUCUGAUUUUGCCAUGUUCUUUUUCACAGCUUCCUGUUAUGGGAGGAGCCUUUAUGGACUCACCCAACGAGGACUUUAGUACAGAGUACUCCCUGUUUAACUCAUCAGCCAACGUCCAUGCAGCUUCUUCCAUGCAGAAUCCACCAGAAGAGACAUCUCGUUCUUCAAAUGAUGCCAUAUUGUUAUGGAUUGCAAUAAUAGCAACAAUUGGAAAUAUUGUGGUUGUGGGAGUGGUGUAUGCCUUCACCUUCUAGGAUGACUGUUACUACAAACACUGGAAGAAAGGAAAUCUUCAACAGUAUUUGUCAUGUGUAUGUAUGUGUGUAUAUAUACAUGUAUAUCUAUAUAAAUACAUAGAAGUAGAGACUUUGUUGAUUAAGUGCUGCUACAAUCAUGGAAAUGAAAUGCAAGUUAAUCAUCCUAAGUCUUGAUGGCAGAAAGUUUGGAUGCAAAUUGUUUGGAGGUGAGAGUUUUAUUUGAGAACAGAGCUAAUACCAGUUUUGUAUAGAAAUGUAAUGAAAGAGAGAUCAACUUGGGUAUAGUAAAUACAGAGAGAUAUUUAUAUAGAAAGUGAUUAUUUUCUACUGUAGAUUUUUCUAGCAGCUCUUCCGCAGUUUGUCAGUUUUUGGGUUUUUUUGGUGCAUUUUUUACUGUGGUAUAAUGUUAUAUGGGACUGUUCCAGGUCAUGUUUUCUGGACAUCUUCGUUUCCUAGAUGGACCAAGUGGUUGGCAUUGGCUUGGUUCUGAUGAAGGCCAAGUUCAUCAUGUGUGAGUCUUCAGCAUGGCUGUAGACUCCUGGGCUAUGUUCAAAAUCAUGAGUCUCAAGCCAUGACAGGCAGAUGCAGGCUGUCUAUUACUUGCCCUCCAGGAUCAGUAACUGGAACUGGUACUCAAUAAUGUGAUGCUGAACCUGCCUGCUGUUCAGGAGAAGGCACAGCUAUUGCUGCUCUGCAGACCCUCUGAAUUUCAAAGGAGAAAAUGAUAAACAGAGUAGCAGCACAAGUUCCCAUUUCUGUCUAGAGGUACUGGAUUGCUGUGGUUUGUAUAUGUGUCCCUUCCAGGAAGCAAAAGCCCAAUACCACACUUUUCAUCUCAUUGGACUGCAAUCCAGAUUUCUUACAGCUGCUGUGUACUUUCAUAAAGUUAUUAAUGUACUAAAAGAAUGAUGGGAAAAUUGUGAAGCUUAAUUAGUAGUGAAUAUGUCUGUGAGAAAGAUAAAACUGAAAGAAAGGUUGGGCACUUCUGUGUUUUUGUGGGAAUGAAUUCAAGAGUCAGGUAUGUCCUGGGGUAGAAACAACACAAGAAAAGUAGUGUGUGUCAAAUGUGCAAGUGCUUAUAUCUCAGUAUUAAUAUAUCUCUGGGUUCUGGUGAGGGUCUUGGAAGUGAUUUUUUUAUAGCUGGCUUUAGGUAAUGACUCUGAUUAUCCUUUGGAUUUGUUCCACUGAGAGGCAACAUUUUUACUACAUUUUUUCCAUGGGCACUUCAUUUUCAAGAGCUGUUUCUUUUCAAGACAAGCUGUGGCCUUCCUUGCUUGAGAGACUGUAAAAUCUUGAGACAAAAAAGAAAAGGCUGUUGGAAAUCUGCCUUCACACCUGUAAAAAUUAAGUAACAAUACAUAAAAUGUAUGUACUUUGGAGCAGCAGACAAAUUCUUCUUCUAUGUCUGCAUAUACUGUCUAGGUUUUCUGUCUCAUAUAGCUACUACCCUAAUUCCAGAAAGCCUUGUCUGCAGGCACAGAGACUAUUUUUGACACUUGCCUGCCACUGAGCUUGAGGCUGAGCUAAGAGCUGCUGAAUGUAUAGAGAGGUUAGGAUUUUUGUCUUUUCUCUUUAAACCCAUUUUCCUGCAGGGCUGGUGGACAGUUAUUUAAAUCAAAGAAGCAUGCCCCAAAUCAGUACUUAAAACCAGUCACUGUCUAUAUUUUUUCCUUCUCUAUGAGCUGUCCUUUAAAGCUAGGAGAGAUGCAAACAGAGCUAGCAAUGGGGAGAAAAGAAAUUAGGUUAUUUUGAGGCUGAGAAAAACAAUUAUGAGCUUCUGUGCAUGUUAUUUUCAUAUUUGAAGGCAGGAUUUUGUGAAGAUGGUUGAGGACAGACAAGACCUAUACUGGGAAAAAGUUUGAGAAGCCCAGUUCUGAAAGAUCAAAGGGAAAGAAAGCAAAUUUUGUCCAAUAAAAUAACUGUAGUCUUAAGAAUUAUAGAAAAAUUAUGAUUUUAAUUUCCUAAAAUAACUAUUAAUUCCUUCAUAGCCACAGGACAAUGAAAAGCAGGGGAGCUGCAUAAAUGGUGCACCAUGUUUGUUUUUGCACCCCUCCUUAUUCUUAGAAUAGUAGAAAGGAAGUUGUUGGAAAGCUGCAGAGAAGUUUCCAGUGAAGAAUUGAGCAGGACAAGGUCUGGUGUGUAAACAUGUAGGAUCCAUGAAAACACUGUUUAAUGUAAUGUACUGUCCCCAACCAUUUUCUGAUAUUCUGUUGCCUUUGUAAUUGUAGCAGUUACUCACAGACUUUUCUUCACUGUUCCUGCAGGCUGUCUAGUUAGGCCAGAUCCUGCAAGCAUUUUUGCAUAAAGAGAAAAACAUUUCCACCAUGACUAAAACCAGUUUGACACGAUGGUACUUGCCCAGUGGGAUUAUUCUGCUGCCUAAUGAAUUUGCCAGUGGAGUGCUUUGCUUAAAUUUCCUAGAAUAUUAAUCUUAGUGCAAUUAGCAAUGUUUACAUCUCUCUCCCAGAGCACUGGACUAAACUCUUCAACCAUGAAGAAAAGCAUUAGAGUGGGAACAGCAAAGGACCACUAUUCUGCCAGUGAAUCCAAGUGACACUUUUGUGUUGCUUUUCCCAAAGAAAAUGCCCUACUUUCAUGUGAAAAUAGUAAUAGUAAUAGCAGGAGCAUUGGAAAACAAUGAGUUCCACCUCCUGCAUCCAAAUCAUCAUCCUACAUAUUUUCAUUGUUAGAGGCUGUGUUGUCAAGAAGGGCCAGACAAAACUUUAAAUUAAGUAAUUGGCUUGACAGGGUGACAUGGCAAGCUGGGUGUAAGCAGCAAGUGCAGGCAUUUCCUGCCUCAAACUGCACACUAACUGUACAGCUUCUCUGUCAGGAGAAAAAGUUAGUUUUAGGAUGCAGGUACAAGGAUACUGCAGGUGAGGGUCUGUGUGGGAUACUGUCAGGUGUAUUGAAGAUCCCUAAAUUGCAGUGGCCAGAGCUGGUUCAAGCUCUGAUCUACUUUGAUAGUGACAACAUGCACACUAUAUUUCUGGAUGUUGUGCUCUGGCUAUGUUGACUACAACCACUUUUGUCUUCUAGGAGGUUAGCGAAGGUUUAAAUCAAACCAUUGAAAAGGGGCACUAAUUCAUCAUCAAGUUCAGAGAAGCUAGAGGGGAAUGGAGUAGUGGCUGAGUGGUGGAUGUUUCACAGGCAUGGUCCUGUAAAUUAUGUUGCCUCUCAAGCUGUCAACACAGCUUGACUUGGAGGACUGUAGUUUCUCCUUUCUUUGGAGCCAGGCAGCUGGAUAAUUGAUGUCACUCACUGAGGAGUGAUGAGAAAGCCCAAACACAUUUCCCAGAGCUGUUUUCUGAAGCCUUUCUUUAAAAGAAGAGGGUUCUGUGCUUUGCUGAGCACUUUGUGUAUCAGCCUGAGAAAAAGAUUCCACUUGAUCAAAGCUUCAAUUAAAACUGUUUAGCACAGAGAACAGUUAGAAAAUCCUGACUACAGUUCAUUCUGUGGCAGAUGAAGCAAACCACUUUCUAAAUGCUCUACCUCUGGAGGUGUUUUACCUCCAGCUCUGCUGUGUAACCUCACUGUACAAACACAAGAAGCACCUUUGCCCUGAAAAGUUACCGAUGAGCCAACAGCCUAGGGUGCCCUAAUGAUUCUCUUUUAGGCCUCUAGACAUCUGUGGCAACAUAUCAAGUAAUCAAACUCCCUCUAAAGAAUUUCUUUUUUUCUCAAAGCAGCCAGCAGCUCGACGCAGCAGCUGUGCAGCCACCAUAGCAAAGAGACUAAAGGCUGAACAGUUAUUCAGGUGGGUGCAAUGGCACAUUAGAAAGGAGAACUGAGUGGGCAAACCCACACAGAUAUUCCUGCUGUAUUUUUAUCUGCAAGUAGGAGUCUGUGCUUGCCCACAGCAUUAGCACUCUGUAUUUCUUGUCAACACACUAGAGAAACUGAAAAACCGAUUUUGAAACUGAUGCAACAAUAGUAGCAGAGAGACUCAUCUGCUACAAAUAAUGUAGUUAGCCUUUUCAGCAGGCAGAUGAGGUUGUGGAUAUCUCAGAAGUAAUGAGAUCCCUGCUCCAAAAUCCUCACUGGCAAUAGGACUUCAGGCCACUUAGCAUCCCACCCAACUGCUGAGCAGACUGUAAUAACCAGUCCCAAAUCAAGACUGAAUAGAAGCAUCCAGCCAUUGCUGUCUUACCUGUACAGCCAUUUGAACAUAAAAGACAAAAUACACCUUUGUGUCUGGGACCAAAUGAAAGCAGGAGCCUCUAGCCUAUGGAUAUGUAUUUUUGUUAUUAAAAGCUUAUUUUGCUAUUCUCAAGCAAUUCCAGUUGUUAAUAUCCUCUUCACAUUUCUCUGCAGGCUGCUGAGAGUUAUUAAUUUCAUGUAGCCCUGUCCAUUUAUUCAAGGUAAUUUGACUGAGUUUCCUGUGGCUAAUCACAGAGUAGAAUCUGGAAAAUUGCUCUUUUUAAAGGUGAUUUUCUUUUGAGGUAAAUGGACUACAGAUGAGAAUCAGAUCAAAAGGCGCCUGUGCUUUUGGAACAUUUGGAGCUCUGGAGAAUUGGAUUUCAUGUGGUUAAUGCACAGGAAGGAAAGGGCAGUGAGGUCCCUGGUGAUAAUGUCAGCCAUGAGGGUUCUGACAGGCAGAGCUGAGUGGUUCAUUAACUGCUGCUCUGUCCCUCUGAGCCCUGCUGGCUUCCUGGACACACAGCCAGAGCUGAGUGUGAGCUAAACACCAGGUACAGCAUGUCCCUCCUCACCUCACAGCCUGAUAAUCCUCAGGGAAACAAGCACAUUUGUUCCAUUCACAGAGAAGAGCCAGAGAUCAAUAUUCUGUUAGCUAUAAUGUUACUGGUACAUUGUUCAGUCACCAUAAGGUCAAAUUAACCUGCAUUUAGCCCUUUACCCCUUGUCUAGGAAAGCAGUUAAGGCAUCCAGAGCCUUACAGUCUCCUACUGUCCUUAAUCUGACACUGACUUUUUGUGUUUUCCUCGUGCAACCUAUCCUUGCCUUUUACCUCGUCUUUUCUGCUCAAAAAUGCUCUUCUCUGGACAUUUAGGGAACUCCUAACAGCUAUGGACCAGUCAUGUCCCAUUUUAGUUUGUGGUCCUUCAGGCACAAAGGAGGAAGAAAGUGUCCAGUUACCUACAUAAGCAGUUACAGGGAAAUACUUGCCUUUGCAGAACAAAAUGCUUGACAAUUUUAUCACAUUCUGGCCUGUCCCAGCGCAUUUACACUGAAACAACAUGGCCAGAUCUACUUUUGCUGGUUUGGAAAUUACAGCAACACAGCCAGGAACUGGAAAAGAAAACCCUGAUAACACAAACAUGUCACAAUCCUCUCAAGGACCUGUCUCUGAAGGCCAUUUUUCCUGAGUGACAUGGGCAGACUUGAGCUGUUGGUAUCAAGGCAAGUGCCCUUUUGUGUGAGCACAAAUAGUUUCCUUCUCUUUGGGACAUUUUGGGAAUAUUGUGCCACCCAUUCUAUCUUUCCCAGGCUACUAUUUUCAGUUGUAGAAAACACUCUAAGAGGUUCCUGUCUUGGUAGAAUACAUAGAAAAUUUACCUCCCAAAGCUUUGCUUAGUCUUCCUGCAAAAGCAAAAACCACUGUAUUUUCUUAAGCAUGGAAUGUUCAUGAAUCAAGUAUUAUCUGUACAGUAGCAUUGUCUCAUUUUAAUCUUCAGUUUUUUGCCAGUAGGUCUCAAAGGAGAUCUUACUAUUAUCCAGACUUUAAAGAUGCUGAGAACAGAAGCAAGCAAGAGACUCACAGAGCGUCUUCAAAGUCACUGCCCAGUCCUUAGUCUGUAUCAUUCUUCAUUCUUCCCCAUGUUGCCCUGAUGUGAACUCACGUCCAUCUCUUUAAACUCACUGUCACCAUCACAUUGUCUCUAUGCCUUCAUUUUAUUUCUCCCCUUGUCUUUGCUAUAUUCUUUUCAUUCCUUGGUAUCAGAGCACAUGAGCAUUUGGAAGCCAGCAGUGUUCUUCAGCCUAUUUUAGCCAGCUCCUUGGCUGACCUCUGAGAGUAAGGUUAGUGAUCAGCAAGGACAUUCCACAGUGAGGGCAAAGAACACAAGAUCUCUUCAUGGGAAAAAAAUCUUAAUCAUCAUCUGCCUUAGCAAACCACAAAGUGUUUCCCCUAAGCAGAAGAGCAAGAUGUGGCCAUGAAGUUUUGUAGCUGUAUCCAUACAAUGCAAAGUUACCUUUCAAAAACUCAGACCUUAAAAUAAACUGCACUGUUCUACAGCCAUCAUUUAGUGAGCUUUUCCCAACCCCAAAUCCUUUGUUUUUUUAGCAGCUCACAAUCAGUGAUAGUGCUCUUGGGUAAGGUGAGGGUAGCAGGAGCAGGCCCGAAGGAGAAUGGAAAAGCUCCCUGUGGUUUCCUGUGGGGUCAGGGCCAUUAAAGAGCAGCCUAUUCAGUAAAGAAAAACAGCCAUGGUGUGCUAAGCCAUUUCAAAUCUAGUCACACCUGCAUUUCUCAGAUGCACAGCCAAGCUGCUAUAGCCAGACUGAGCAUUUAGAAGUCUCAUUGUACACUAAAUACAGUGCAUUCUUUUGCCAGAACUGAGGGAGCUGUGUAGCCUUGUGGUCUGGGAGCUUCCUGAGCUCCUGAGCUCAGUGAUAUCACAUUUCCUGAGGAGUUGACUCCCACUAAUGAACAAAUAAGGUUGAACUGUUUCAGGUCUAGGCCUGGAACCCGUCUCAGUUGCUGCCUCCAUAAGAAUGAUCAAAGUUCCUGAGCCUGCACACUGCAGUAUCCAGAGGGACCUUUGCCUCCACCUGGAGUCAACUGCAUUAAUAACACUUCUUCUAGACUUCUGACAUCUGCUUCACUGGAUCAGUUUGCAGGACUAGCUGUGGCUUGCUGGGGUUUUCUUUUAAAUGUAAGAUAUUUGUAAUUUCCUAAUCAAAAGCAAGAAAGAAAGAAGAAUGCUGUAUUUUUUUAAAUGAGCAGGUAAUAAAACUGAGUCUGAAUAUUUUGAUAAAUGUGCUGGAAGGGUAUAUAAUGUAGCAAACAGUUGCACUAUUUUUUCCUAGUAUGAGUACCUAAGCUGAGAAAUACUUGUUCUUUUUCUGAGUCCUCUGCCAGUUCUGAAGUUCAGCAGUUUAGAAGGAGUGGAGUACAAAGUCUCAAUGAAAUGUGAAGAUUAUGUAUGUAUGUAUGUAAAUAAAUCUGGUAGUUAGCUUUGUGAGGUAGCUUAUUAUGUUUGUUUUUCAGUUAUCUCAAAUACUGCCUAAUUAUUUGGGGCUUCUUACCCCCCAGAAAAAAGCUAAAUGGUGACACUUUUGAAAGCAUCUGUGCUUCACACAAAGUCACAGUCAUAUGGAAAUUAUAUUCUUCAGUUCAUGUAAAGCAACUUUACAGGAGCCCUUUAGUAUGCACUGUUACUUUUUCUUAAUAAUCCUGGACAAUUUAAUUAUCUUGUGCUUUCUCUCUGCUAUCCUGUUUUGUACACUAUCAGGUUUGCAGGAAUUCUCUGUAUUGUUUUUGUAAUACAUGGGUUGGUUUCUAGAAAAACCUUUACUGUUGUAAUCAUUGUUCUUGGAUUGUGGAGCUCUAUCUGUAAAGAAAAAACAACUUUAAAAACACCCUCUGCUUUCUCCAAGUUUACUGUAACUAGCAAAUUUAGUAAAGAGAAAUGUAUUCUUUUAAGCUCCUGUUAUGUUCUUUUCCAGUUACUGACUGCUUUCACUGUGUGUGUAAUUAGCACUGGUUUAUUCCUUUACUAUGGUGAAAAUGACAAGUUUUGUUAAUAUAAGAUGGAAAUUGUGGUUUUGGAUAAAGUUCUUCAAAUUGA